AGAAGUACCAUAUUUUCAUACGGAAGAAGCAUUCGCACCUUAUGCACCACGAUACGCACCUUUGCAAACAAUACUUAAUUCGGUAGCAAUUCGUUCAACACAAGUAAUAGACAUGUACCUAUCAUCAUCCACAUGCUCCACAAAUAAUGAAACUUUUCAUAGAUUUACUGAUAGAUCAAUAUUCUAUAACUCUCUAUCGGCUGGUUUAUCUUCGACAAUUUUAAAUAAUAUUUCAGAAAAUCUUGAAAAAGACAUAAAAGUUAAAAUAUUAAUUAACAUUAUGUGCACAUUAGCAAUCCAAAUUCACAUGGUGAAAUCCAUUGCAUCUUUAGCAAAUUUAGACACAAAUGAUGAUGUUGUAAGAGUAUUAAUUUAUUUGUGUAUUGCAUCCGAUGGAGUAAAAAAUUCAAUGACUGAAACUACUAAAGAAUUUGCUAAAGCUUUAAUGCAAAAUUUGAUUUCAAAUAUCAAUGAUUCAACUUUGGAAGCUAUUAAUAAGCGUAUAGCUAUGAAAUUGUUUACCAAG